AUGGCAGGAUUAAGAAAUUUUAUAAAAUUGGCAAAAUGGAGACCUACUUUAAGUUUGGCUUUAGCAAGCCAGCAACGCAGCAAAUAUACCCAACAUCAGGGAGUCAAGGGGAUUAGGAAUCGAAAGAGCUAUUUCGAGGCUCAAAUGCAACAAGGGAAACGUGAUGACGAUAAUGAUGAGCAGAAUGGUGAUUCUAGGUCAAGCGGAGAAUUGUUUGAUAUGCGUUUUCUAGAUGAUCGAGCGUAUGAUGAGGUGGCUGGUGGAGCCAUGCGUAUAACACGUAAUGUGGCGACCUCUCAGCAGGUUCUUAUCCUUCAGCCGUAUGUGAAAUGGUCAGCUAAACGUAACCUACCACAAGAUGUUAAACCAGAGGAUCAGUUGGCGGAGGCGACAGCUCUUAUACGUUCGCUGCCCAAUUGGCAAGUGGCUAAAGCUCUUAAGGUACCCCUGGAGAAUUUGAAGCGUCGAACUCUAUUCGGAUCUGGCAAAAUAGAUGAACUGAAAACUCUUAUAGCCGAUCUUCGCCAGGAAAUGUCACUCACUUGUCUUUUUGUCAGCAAGGGCACACUGUCAUUUGCCCAGAAACGUUAUCUGGAGGAGGAAUUCCAUCUACCUGUCAUGGAUCGCUAUUCAGUGGUCAUACAAAUCCUUCGUCUACAUGCUACAAGCGCUGAGGCCCGACUCCAGGUGGCCAUGGCCGAAUUGCCGUAUAUUUGGUCGCAGGCCAAAGAUGCCAGUGCAAGUCAAAUUCGUCGACAGGGUUAUGCCUUAAGCGAUUUGCAGAAGGAGAUUCUAAAAACACGAGAACGCAAACUUCGAGCCGAGCUGGAGCAGGUGCGUCGACAUCGCCAAUUGUUGCGCCAGAAACGGAAGCAACAAAACUAUCCCAUUAUAUCCGUUGUGGGCUAUACAAAUGCCGGAAAAACCUCUUUGAUUAAAGCCCUAACAGCGGAAAGUGAUGCACUGCAGCCGCGUAAUCAAUUAUUUGCCACUUUGGAUGUGACAGCUCAUGCCGGCCAAUUGCCUUGUAAUCUUCAGGUCAUAUACAUGGACACAGUUGGAUUUAUGUCCGAUUUGCCAACGGGUCUAUUCGAGUGUUUUGUGGCCACUCUAGAAGAUGCUAUGCUGGCGGACAUCAUUAUACAUGUGCAGGAUAUAUCGCAUCCUUGCCACAAUGCUCAGCGCAAUCAUGUGGAAAGUACUUUACGUUCCUUGGCCUUCAAUGUGGGCGGUGAACAUCAGCCGCCCAUUAUUAAUGUCUUUAACAAAUGUGAUCUAGUGCCAAAUGCUGAUGACCAUGCCGAGGAGAGUACGGCUCACCAUAGAAUAUCAGCAAGAUCACAAAUUGGCCUUGAUCCACUUCUACUUGAUAUUGAAGCGCAAAUCCUCUCUGUCACCGGACGUCGUAAGAUUCAGAUGCGCGUGCCCAGCGGCGGACCCGAGAUGGCCUGGCUAUAUAAAAAUGCCGCCGUCAUUGAUACCCAGGCCGAUCUGGAGAAUCCUCAACGUCUGCUAAUGCAGGUGGUUAUUAGUCAACGUACUUUGGAGCAAUUUAAACGGGAAUUUUGUUGAUUGUAAAUGAAUUAAAUACUUUUAUUAUUGCUGUUAGGUGUUAGGAUUGGUGUUUAAGUUUCUAUAUAAAUAUAAAAUUCACUAUUGUA